GUGAUGUUUAAUACAGCCGCUGCGAAUACACUGUCCAUUUUUAAUGAAGUGUACAUAAGAUCUUUUCGUACAUAUGCACAAAUAACUUUAAUAUACAUAAAUUAACUUCUACUUUCCAUUUCGUAUAAUUCUUAUAAGUAUCCUCCAGUCGCAAAAUAUGAAAUCCAUUUUUUGUCAGUUGCAGUAGUGGUGAAUCAAAGAAUAACAGGUAGGAUCAUCGAAACUAAGUGUACAAUGUAUUUGCAUGAUAUCAUUCAAUUGUUCAAUACACAUAUAUUUUAAUUAGUCAAUGUAUACUUUUAAUUAGUAACAUAACCAUUCUGUAAACCUCAUCUUAUGAAGACACUAAAAAAUUAUCGUGAAUGAUUCAUACAAAUGUUUAAACAUGAUUGGAACGUCACGAUAUCUUUUACAGCCUAUUGGGAGAUGCAUUUCACGCCGAUUUUACAGAAGCAUUUCAAAUAUGCCGAUCGAUGACGAAAAAGCAAAAUAUGCAAAAGACACAGGAAGUGAACAAAAGUCAGAAACCGAGACCGCCGCUAAGUCUGAAUUUAAAGAUUACGAUUCCUUUCUGCCAGAUCGCAAAGGCGACAUAAAAGUUUGCAUGAUUGGUGGAAGUGACUCGUUAAUUUACGCGGCCGUUCUUUUGAAACAAUCACGCCUGAUAAAAAGAAUACAUGUAGUAGACACAAAAGGUUCGUUUGCUAAUGCAGUUUUGGAUGCUAACCACAUCGAUACGUCGCCUCGUAUAAAAUGUUACAAGAAAAAUCAUUUGAAGCACGCCCUCAAAGAAAUAAAUAUUAUCGCGUUGAUGGAUGAGAUAAAUUUUAAAUUUGACCUGAGUCCUGCCGCUCAAUUUGAAGCUGUAUCGGCGUACGUGUGCGAGAUGGCUGAACAAAUAGCACAAUUGAGCUCAGAAUCUUUAGUAGCCGUUUUUGUACGACCAGUCACGUUCACGCUUCCCAUUGUUUCGGAAAUUUAUAAGCUCGCAGGAUGGUGGGACCCAGACAGAAUUAUUGGUUCCAUCGCGCUCGAUCGUAUGCGAAUGGAAGCAAUAACAGCAAAUUUAAUGGAUUUAAAUCCUGCUUUUCUAUCGGUGCCGAUGGUUGGCGGAGCAGAUACGAAUACUGUCGUUCCUCUUUUGUCACGCGCCACACCGAUCAAUCGGUUCACGAAUGCGCAACAAAAUAUGCUGUUGCAGUCAUUGCGUAAUGCGGACAGAGAGAUGGUAAAUAUCGAGUCCAAAGGACCAACGUUGUCCGAUGGUGCAGCCGCCGUUAAAUUAAUUCUCGCACUCGCUGGUGGACUUAGCGGAUACAAAAAUAUUAUUUCCUCUGCUUACGUGCGAUCGAACGUUAUGCCUGUAUGCCGAUAUUUUACGAGUGAAUUGCAAUUUGGUCCAGGCGGGGUGCAAAAAAAUUUCGGUUUACCUAAAAUGUCAGCUUCGGAAGUAAUGCAUGUCGAACAAUCGAUUCCUCUUAUCAACGAGUACAUUAGCCUCGCAACGAAAGCAAUUCAUUAUAAUAGGCAUAUCACGCUGAAAAAUGUAUGAAUUAAUCCUAUCUGAAAAUGACUAAUCUUUUAUUAGAAGUCAAUGACACAAUAAAAUUAACAGCUAUUGAAUACAUAUUCAUCAUAAUAUUAACGUAAAUUUGGUUUAAAAGAAAGUCCACUGUGUUUAUCGUUGCAAAUAUAUUCGCUACCUUUUCCAUAUUCAAUAAAAAUAAUGCGGACGUAUUGAUCAAGUCAUCGAGUCAAUGCGUCAUCAGUCCUAUUUAUACGUGGGUUUUUUAAAUAGUUAUGGAUUAAAUAUACCGGAUUAUAGGGAUUAUCUUUAUAAAUAUGAUAUAUCGUUUUCAAUUAAAUGUAAAUAUAUAUAAUGCAAUUGUAGCGUUCAUUAUUUUAUAUUUCUUAUCGUCGAGAGGGAAUAAGCGCUCGUUUAUACCAGUUUAUACAAAAUCGUAUUUCUACAGUAUGUGUCAUCGCUUACACUUCAGUUUGAUUUGCAGUUUCAAACAGGACGGUUAUUUUAAUUCUCCCUAAACUCCGAUGAGCAAAAAUAAAAAGUAUAAUUGACGUAGCUCAACUGUACGUUGUUUUAAUUAUAGAUAAUGCUAUGUUUUAUUUGAAUUAAAGAAGACAAAUGAAAACGAUUCUCGACAUCUGUUGAUUCAAUACGUGUUGUACAUAGUGCGGAGUGCGGAUCUGCGUAUAUUGUGCGAGCGAAAAUGUAAUGUUCAUAUUAUCUAAAAGUGAUGACGAAUUAUUUAGUGUUACUGCACAAUGAAUGUUUAUAGACGAUUAGAUCUAUAAAUAUCGGAACAAAACUUGGAGGGAUUUAAAUUUGGGUCGAGUGCACGUAGAUACCGUUGAAUACCGCCCGGCUAGGCUAUUUUAAAAUUGCACGAAUCUCUUAUUUUGAAAUCUUACGUAUCAACUACUUUACCUACGUUGAUUGAACGGCUUGUUGUUCAGUUGGAAAAGUGAUUAAAAUUUCAACAACAUGGGAAUGAUAUUGUCGAAAUUUCGU